AUGGCCAAACUCCGCUCCCUCGCGCGCAAAUCGCUUUCCGACUCGUGUGUUUCUCUGGCGUCCGAAACCACCGCCACGGGCUCGGUGCUGCAAAAGAAACCGGCCAUGCGUGACCAGCCGCGUGACGGCGGCUCUGUGCCGCUCGAACGCCCGUCCACGCCGCAGCCCACGUGGGACGACCGCCUCAUCAAGCAGAAACUCAAGCAGCUCAAGAAGUUGGAGUUGGCCUUGGGCAAGUUUGCAGCCAAGCACACAGGCCUCACCAAGGCCAACGUGUUGCGCACGUCGCUCCUCCCGUUUCUUCGCCUGCUGCCCGACCUCGCCCACUUUUUUCCUCGCGACGCCAAGAUCUACGCCAGUUUCGCCAGCAUCACCACCGCCAUCUUGGGCGAGUGGUGGCGCCUGCUCUUGGCCGCGCUUGUUGCCCAGGGCUCCCAGGUGUCGGCGUCUGACCGCAGCGCCUACUUGGAGUGUAUUCUGCGCAUCUUGGCACGGCCCGAAUGGCUUUCAUGUGACGCCGAUGCCCUUGAAACAUAUCGCUUAGGCUUGGUCGACACCUUGGACUUCUGUAUUGCUAAGCUCCAGACAAUGAAAGUCGUUCCCAUCUUCAUGAGCGCUUUUGUUGGCAAAGUGUUCGCAUACGCUUUUUUCUAUCUCCCAGAAGUGUGCAAUGCCUUGCUUUUUCUUUUGAACGUGAAACAGGCAACCGUCGAUGCUUUGGUGGCAGACUUGGCUUCUCCUCUGGCGCCUGACAUUGCCAAGGCCAAAGCUGCGUUCCCUCUGGCCACAGUCCAUUUGGUCAACUAUAGAGGGCUAGUGUCGCUUGAAAAAGCAAAGCGCAACGCUAUCAACUCCAUCCCGCCUCCAAAGCACCCAGUCAAAGGCAUCAGAGACCCGGGCGGUGCCUGGGUUCGCCGCUGGUGCAACAGCGACAGCGACAUUUUCAUCUCCUUCUUUCGCCAUUACGUUACCAUCGUUAAUACCUGUAUGGCGGGUCAGGAUAUCCCACUUUCGCUUUUCCCUGGAUUUAACAUAGUGGCUAGCCAUGUGUUCCAGGUGUUUCGAGUUUCCAUCAACCGCAUUCUGACCAACAUCAACAAACCAGGCACCUUGGCUACUGAUGGCAAGAAAACUCUGUCUCAGAAAAACACAGACGACCGGUCGGUGCCCGUGCCAGGAUUCCCAUAUAAAACAAAUGACUCCAACUACACCAGCAUAAUCAAAUUAUUCAAGAUCAGCCGUGAUAUUGAUUACUCGUCCAUCUCCUUUUCGGCCAGCUUGAAUGCAUACUUUGACUCGCUUCUAGCCAAGAUAGCGCGGUCAAUAAGCAUUUUCGAUUUCAACAAGAACGGUCUUUUGCUCAAUCUUGUCUACGAGUUCUCGAACCAUGUCAUUGAUACAUCUAAUAUCAACUGGGAAUUCUGGCUUGGUUGCUCUUAUAUGAUGCUUUCUUCGACGCACCACGUUCAAGUGAUUUCUCGAAACUUUGCUUUCUUGUUUAAUGUGUGGGACAGAAUCCCGAAUGCGUUCUCCAACUGUGAAUCCCCAGAAUGUAUUGCUCACCUAAAAGGUUGGUUGUUGAACCAGGAUUUGAGUUACAAGCUGAACUUUUCCAAUUGGCUCACUAGCACUGACUCUUGGCUUGAGUUUUUCACUCAUUGGAGUCCUAUCGUUCGCUCGCAUUACUUUAGACUUUUAGUAUGGCGAGUCAUUGGCAUUAACAACUAUGAAAACUCUUAUACACUUCAAACAACGAAAAGAGUGAAAGCAAAAGUCAACUUCAUAUAUGAUGGUAUUCAAAGGAUUGUCACGUCUCAGGACUCUUCUUCACCAUUGGCAAAUCUAGAUUUUUCUGCGUGUCUGCCUAUGACCAAUCGGAAGUUCGGGACCAUCCCAAUGAACUCGAAAAUCUCUUACAUGGAGGAUAUUGUGGCACUCAAUGCUUCUGCGAUUCCUAAAGCAAGUGAUUUACGUAAAACUCAUCCUUAUGAGAUUUUUGAUGAAGCAAUUUACACCUGUACGUCUUUACCCAGCUCGCCUGCUCAGUACACAAAUGGUGGAGCUGCAAGCCCGCUCUCGCCCAAUAGCCCAAGAAAUCACUCAUUAAUUGGUCUGUUGAGCAAAAUCUUCAAGUUGCUCUCGACCGACGAUAGUCUAGAUAAUAGUGCAUUUGCCAUGACUCCGCCAAACAAAAUACAUAGUGAGCGGAAGGAAAACACUCCUGUGUUGAAAAACAAAAGGAAUUCCAAGUCACUAAGCUCCUUGGCUUCUGCAUUCUCGGCAAAAUCUAGGGGAUCAGCGCCCAGCUUCAUGUCAUUCAAAUCAACACCCAAUUCCAUCAAUGAUCUAUCAACUGAAUCAUCCACAACGUCUGAUUCGGAUUCCUCCAGUUUACUCUCGGAUUGUUUAGGCAGUUCGAUCUCUUCCACACAGUCGCCCCCGUCUUCCGUCGACCAUCAGCCGCCCGAGCUUUUUAAAGUGCCGCCUGAGAUUUCCCGGCCUCUUUUCAAAUUUGAUAUUGUGAUUGAUCACGAGACUACCUCUGAGAAGUACCAAAUGAUGCAAACGGCAAAUUCGAGUCAAUAUUCCAGCCGGUUCUUCCCUGUAAAGAACCAAGAGAACCUUUCACUGUUGACGAUGCCACGAGAACCAAAGGUACCGUCUGUAUCCAUUUAUUUGAAUUCUGACCUGUACAACAAGUUUUACAUCACUAACGAGAACUUCAGCAUGGACGACGAUAUGCUUUGUGAGGAAGAUGUUGAGGAUUUACAGAGGUUCACAAAAGAGUUUCUUAAAAACAUGAGGUCUCCUAGCAGACUUGUUUCUCUAGGCAAGGCGUUGAAUGAAUGGAACGAUGCAGUGGAUGAAUUUGAAUAUUACUUGUUCCACAAGGUCGAAGCAGAUCAGGCUAGCUACUUACCAUCCGAGGAUGAGGAAGCGUCCGUUUUGGUGGACGAGCAAUCAUAUUUUCUGCGGAUCAUUCCCUUCUUACCGAUCGAUAAUCUUACGGAGGUCAAGCUUCUCAAUGCUGCAUGA